AUAUUUAACAUGGUAUAUAAUAUAUAUGUUCAGGUUUUAACGGUACAAAUAUACUUAUAUGUAUGUACAAAGUGUAAGUAUAGUACUAAUUAUAUAAGUAUAAUAUUGCCUAUUGGUACCGUUGAAAGCUGAACAACGCGAAACACACAAAAUUGUUUGUCUAUGACUCGAACGUCAUUAGUUAUUUAAACAGCAAAUUGCAUGAAAAUCCUAAUAAUACAUUUUGAAGUUAUUUAUAUAUAUUUAGACAUAAUAAACGAUUACUUUGUUGGUUUAUUGCAUUUUGUUUAACAACGCGUCUGGAAAAAAAAGAUUCUAUUGGACGGUAUUUUUGUUAUUUAAAAACGGAUUCUCAAAGUUCGGCGCGUAAAUUAAUUGAGUAAAAUCCAAGACAGUGGACUCAAGGCACGGUGAGUGUAUUCGACGGAGCACAUUAGAACUACAACAGUAGAGUUCUUCAGGAAUAAUUACGAGUAUUAUAACUGAGAACAGGAACGUCACCAUAACUAAGACGGUACUAAAAUUGUCGACAAUUAUUCCAACAGAUAUCGAUUGAAAAUGGCUAUCAAUAAGCUACAAUGGUUAUGCUUGUUUGUGUUAACUAUUUGCGUUGUUAUAAGCGAUAUAAAAUGCUUAACGCGAAAAGAAUGCCGCCAAUAUAUUCUCCGUACCAACCAUAUGAUUUCGCUAUUAAAUGACGAUCAAAAAUACGAACUAGUUGAAUAUCUCUUACGUGAAUUCGAUUAUGAGGGAAUAAUGGAAUUUAUAAACCCGCCAGAUAAUGCGUAUCUUGAAGAAGUGGAUGCAAGCGAGAGAAUAGCGGGAUUUAUUUUCCCGCCAGGGACCGAGGAGUUGAUACGACGCGUGAAUGAAAACGAUCCAAUAUAUCGUACAAUAUACAACAACGAACGGGCAAUUCAACGAGAAUUAGUAAGAAUCCUAGGGUUUGAAAGACCUCGUUUUACUGGCAGUAGUUCCUAUAACACAGCAGUGAUGAAGCGAAGAUAUCUUUUAAAUUCAACAUUCCAUUAUAUUCUUAAUGACAGAUUGAAAAACGUUAAAAUGUGUGCGAACAACGAAAGCAUGAAAUGUGCAUUGGUCGGGCUAAUCAAACGUACACUAAACUAUCCAUUAAAAAAUAAAUAUGAAUGUACUGAUAACGGCAAUUGCGUUAUAACUGUUCGCGAAUUUAUUUCGGGUCCUGGUCGAUCAAUGCGUUUCAAAAUACCAAUACGAGAGAAGACAUAUCGAGAUCACUUCGACACCAAUCAAACAUGUUAUAAAACAUUAUUCUUAGACCCAUCGAGUCGAGUACUCAAAGAUUGGGAUAAUUCCAGAAUAGAAGAAAUAGUAGAAUCACCCCCCUCGGACGAGGAGUAAAUUUAAUUGCAUAUUAACGUUGCUUGUAUUUUUGAUAAAAUCGUUGUUUUAAUUACUAAAUGGUU